AUGAUGGAAAUCGAUGGCAAUGGAAUCGAUGAGCAAUUGAUGGAGCUUCAAGAGUGCCUCGCUCCAGAGGAACUGGAGCGAAUGCUCCUUGGACCGCAGGUUGCAGCGGUCCAGUUAAGGAAUGCAGAUGUGGAACCCGUGGUAGCCCGUCGAGGGUUACCAGCAGUAGGAACAGUGCUCCACUACGCUCGGAUGACCCAGAGCCGUGGGCCAGCCCUCAGUGCUGUGAAGAGACACCGGGAGCGACUUCCUCUUGUAUCGUACUUGCGAACAGGAGGUCGGACGCCAGAAACCGACAGAACAUACACGGUAAUACUCCACGAACACAACCUUGUUAUCGUGAGAGGUGAAGGAUACGAUCGAAGCUCGCCAAAGUACUUGAUGAUGACAGACAGGGAGGAUCAUGCCGUAUUUGUACCCCCAGGCACAAGGUUGAGAGUCACGAUGAUCGUCAAAGGAGGAGUGAGAUCAAGAGGCCAGGACUGGCCGUAA